AUGGGGAAGAGCUAUCCCACUGUCAGUGCUGAGUACUUGAAGACCAUUGAAAAAUGUAGAAGAAAGCUUAGAGGCUUCAUUGCUGAGAAGGGUUGUGCUCCCCUCAUGCUUCGCAUCGCAUGGCACUCUGCUGGUACCUAUGAUGUGCAAACCAAAUCUGGAGGUCCAUUUGGUACCAUGAGAUUGAAGGCUGAGCAAGACCAUAAUGCAAACAAUGGUCUUGACAUUGCUGUUAAGCUGCUUGAGCCCUUCAAGGAGCAAUUCCCUAUUAUCUCCCAUGGUGAUCUUUAUCAGUUGGCUGGCAUUGUUGCUGUUGAAAUUACUGGUGGACCUGAAGUUCCGUUCCACCCAGGAAGACAGGAUAAACCAGAGCCACCACUCGAGGGACGUUUGCCUGAUGCAAAUAAAGGCAAUGAUCACCUAAGGGAUGUGUUUGUCAAGCAGAUGGGGCUUUCUGACAAGGAUAUUGUUGCCCUCUCUGGUGGUCAUACUCUGGGAAGGUGUCACAAGGAGCGUUCUGGAUUUGAGGGUCCCUGGACCAGAAACCCUUUAAUCUUUGACAACUCUUACUUCAAGGAGCUUCUAAGUGGAGAAAAAGAAGGGCUUUUACAAUUGCCUAGUGACAAGGCUCUUCUCAGUGAUCCUGUUUUUCGCCCACUAGUUGACAAAUAUGCCGCGGACGAAGAUGCUUUCUUUUCGGAUUACGCUGAGGCUCAUAUGAAGCUGUCUGAACUUGGGUUUGCAGAAGCUUGAGGUGUUGAACAAUGGAGUUGGAAGUGGUAGGGCUCUUUUCUGGGGGGUUUGUUUCAGUUGUAUAAAACCAGAAGCUUUUGCUGUUGCUUUCCCUGAUAGCUAGGCUCAGAACUUUAAUUUAGCCAGUUUUCCAGAGAAAUAAAAUUACGUACCAAA